AUGGCCUGUGCCAUGGCGUUGCUGCAAGAGGAAGUGGCGGACGGGGCGUUUGGCACUCUGCCUCGGCCACCCGAUGCAACGCCAAAGCCGGGCGCACCGAUACCUCUUCCGUUGCCCUCGGCGCGCACGGUACCCGCGACCGAUCAUCGCGGCACUGACGCCUCCCGUGCCGAGGGGUCCAAACUGAAGACACUCCGGGAUUACAGGCGCGCUCGAGGCCUUUGCUUCAAGUGCAGCAAGAGGUGGGGGCACGAUCGCACAUGCCCCACUUCUGUGAAGCUACAUGUCGUCGAGGAGCUGCUCGACUUAUUCGGCCUCGACAACGCCAUCGACACGCAAGUCCCAACACCAUACCAGGCUGAUGACUCUGUCAUGGCCAUCUGCCUGUCGGCGGUCACAGGAGGGGUGUCACCGAAGGCGUUCCAGCUUCGAGCAUGGAUCCAAGGACACGAAGUUCUUCUCCCGGGGGACUCCGGCAGCUCCAAUUCGUUCGUCGACGAGUGUCUGGCUGCAACACUCACCGGCAUCCAACCUCUGCCAAGACCCGGCCGCGUCCGCGUCGCGGAUGGUAGCGAGCUCACCUGCUCCGCCUUCGUCCCCAACAUCUCCUGGUAUUCCGAAGGCCAGGAGUUCUUCACCGACUUGAAGGUGCUCGAGUUGGGUACCUACGAUGCCAUCUUGGGCAUGGACUGGCUCGAGGAGCACAGUCCCAUGGUCGUCGACUGGCGCGCUCGCUUCAUCGAGAUCCCUACACUAGCUGGCCCACUCCGCCUGGUCGGCCACGACGCAUCUGCAACAACCUACGAGUCCAUCAACACAAUUCAGCAGCAGGGGCUCUGCAGCCGGGGUGCCAUCUUGCAUGUGGUGCAUCUGUGCAUGGCCGCGCCUGCGCAGGCAGCUACAACUCCAAUUCCUGGUUGCAUCCAGCGCGUCCUUGAUGAGUUCCCAGAUGAUUUCAUUGAGCCAACAGGCCUUCCUCCCUGGCGUGCUUGCAAUCAUAGGAUACCUCUUAUCCCUGGAGCUCAGCCGGUGAACAUACGGUCGUAUCUUCAUAAACCAGAACACAAGAUGAAGAUCGAAACUCAAGUGGAAGAACUACUGAAAUCAGGGGUCAUCCAGCGAAGCACCAGCCCCUUUUCUUCACCGGUCAUUCUGGUCAAAAAGAAGGACGACACAUGGCGACUUUGUAUAGAUUACAUGCAGCUCAAUGCACUUACAGUAGUGCCCAAGUAUCCCGUGCCUAUCAUCGAAGAACUUUUGGACGAACUUCAUGGCGCAAAAUGGUUUUCCAAACUGGACCUCCGUGCGGGCUACCACCAAAUCCGUCUGGCACCUGGGGAGGAGUAUAAGACCGUGUUCCAAACGCACCAAGGACACUUUGAGUUCACAGUUGUGUCAUUCGGGCUUGCAGGUGCACCAGCCACUUUCUUGGGAGCUGUGACCACAACACUCAAACCAGUUAACCGCGUCUGCGUGGUGUCCUUCUUCGACAACAUCCUGGUUUUCAGCUUCUCACUGGAGGAACACGCUGAACAUCUGCCCAAGUGCUAGCGCUGCUGAGGAAGGAUUGCUGGAAGGCUAAAAUGAGCAAGUGUUUUUGGUCAACAGCAGAUAUCAUACCUGGGUCACACCAUCAGCGCCCAUGGCGUGUCCACUGACCCAUCCAAAAUCGCAGCCGUGAAGGACUGGCAAGCACCAUCUGAUGUCAAAGGAGUCCGCAGUUUCUUGGGGCUCGCAGGUUACUAUAGGCACUUCAUCAGAAACUUUGGUGUUAUUGCACGCCCCUUGUUCAAUCUGCUCAAGAAGGGAGUACCUGUCCAAUGGACGUCCACAACAGAAACAUCAUUCCAAGUCCUAACACAUCAACUUAUCUCUGCACCGGUCUUGGCGCUGCCAGAUUUCAAACAGCCAUUCGUCAUUGAAACUGACGCUAGCGACCGCGGCAUCGGGGCAAUUUUGUAACAGCAAGGGCACCCCAUUGCAUUCAUGAGCAAGGUGCUCAGCCCGCGGUAUAAAGGCCUUUCAACCUAUGAGAAAGAAUACCUCGCCAUAGUUGUAGCGGUGGAUCAAUGGCAUCCCUACCUCCAACAUGCUGAGUUCAUAAUUCUCACUGAUCAGAAGAGUUUAAUUCGCCUGGAAGAGCAAAGGCUAACCACUCCAUGGCAGCAGAAGGCCUUUACCAAGCUCCUCGGCCUUCGCUACCGAAUCAGAUACAAGAAAGGUGUCGAGAACACAGGGGCAGAUGCUCUAUCAAGGGCCAACCCAAUUGAUUUCCUAAACAGCAUCACUUCUUGUGUACCCGCUUGGCUCGAAGACGUCGUCAACAGCUACAACAACAACCCACAUGCCACUCGCCUCCUGGAACAGUUGUCACUUCAGCAAGACCCGAAGGGCCGUUUUUCUCUUGAAAAAGGACUCAUUCGUUUUCGUCGUAGAAUUUGGCUGGGAGGAGGCAUGCAGAUACGACAACGCAUCAUUUGUACUUUCCACGACAUCCUGAUGGAGGGGCACUCCGAAUUUCCAGUGACUUAUCAUCGCAUCCGGCGUUUGUUUGCGUGGCCAAAGAUGAAGACGCACAUCCUCCAAUACGUGCGCUGCUGUCAGAUAUGUCAGCAGGCCAAACCAGACUGGGCUGCUUCUCCGGGUCUACUCCAGCCACUGCGUGUGCCCAGUCAGCCGUGGGAGAUGAUCUCUAUGGAUUUCGCCGACGGCCUAUCUCAGUCCAGCAAAUUCAAUUGCCUUCUGGUCAUCGUCGACAAGCGUACCAAGUUUGCCUAUUUUCUGCCUCUUGCUCACCCUUACACGGCAGCGUCAGUCACGCAGCUAUACUUACACCAAGUCUACAAGAUCCAUUGCCUACCAGCAGCUAUUGUGUUUGACAGAGACCCGGUGUUUACUAGUCACUUUUGGCAAGAACUCUUCAAAGGGGCAGGGACAGAGUUAAGAUUGAGCACUUCAAACCAUCCUCAGACGGACGGGCAAACGGAGAGGGUUAACCAGUGCGUGGAAACAUUCCUGCGCUGAUUCACACAAGCAUGCCUGCGAUGCUGGAGUUUUUUGAUACCUUUGGUACAGUUCUGGUACAACAAUGCACACCACUCGGCCAUCGACAUGACGCCGUUCAAAUCCAUGUUCGGCUAUGAACCUCGUCAUUGGGGAGUCACAGCAGAAGGUUUUCAAAGUGGGUGACAAGGUCUUCCUCAAGCUGCAACCAUACAAGAGCAAAUCACAAGCUGGCCUACAAGUUCUACAGGCCCUUUCCCAUCAUUGACAAGAUCAACGAAGUGGUGUACAAACUUCAACUUCCCCCACAAGCAACGGUCCAUCCGGUGUUCCACAUUUCGCUGCUUCGACAAGCUCUCCUUCCAGGUAUGACUGUUGAACCUCAUCUUUCUCAUUGUUUGGAUGAUCUAGCUUUGCCGGAUGCAAUUCUCCAGACCCGUUGGCGCAACAACAAAGACGGCGUCCAAGAGCAAUUGAAGAUACAAUGGUCAGCUACUUCCAACCUGGGCAUCACUUGGGAAGAUAAAGCCAACUUGAUGGCCCGGUUUCCACAUGAGGAGGCUUGGGGGCAAGCCUCUUCCCAAGGAGGAGGGGAUGUCAGCGCCCCCGACAAUGGGGACCCACAAGGCCAUGCCGUCCACACUCGCCAGGCUGCACCUAGGCCCACUCGACCUCGAUAGCCCAACCUAAGGGUCCAUGGGCCAGAAUGGACUAACUGAAGCGCCAGCAGCAACUACUAAAGGAAGCGUCAACGAGAGGAGGGGUAUCCAGUGGAUCAAGGCAGCGGCGGCUCGGCUCUUAUCCCCUCCCCAUUUCUUCCUCUCCAUGACGAACCCUAGCUCGCAAUCUUGUAACCUGCCUCUGUAAUCACCACUAUAUUGCUAUUGAUCGAGAGUAUGAGUAGAUCCUAUCAAAAUGAAGUCAGGAACAAUAGCUGGUUGUAAGUACAGGUUCUAAUAGUGAGAAUUCUGGCAAGAUCAAA